AUGUUUUUGUGCAUAUGUGAUAAUGUUUUAUGCGAUCUAUGUGAAGAAGAGGUGGAUGUGGUGGUUGUGCAAGUUGAGGAUGAAGACAAAAUUAUUGGAGAAGACCCUAAAGAAGUUGAGGAGGUGGUGGAAGAAUUCAAAGAAAUCCAAGAAGUAGAAGAAGACAAAGAAUUCGAAGAAGAAGAUGGUAAUAAUGAUAAUGGAGAGAAUCUGGAUAACAUUGAUGAUAUCAAUGAUGAGCCAAUACAAAGCUUCUUGGUGUCCUUUAGCAAGGAAACAUUGAUUACAUUAUUCUCUGAGGUGGCGGAGAAGCACCUCGACGUGGCAAAUAGGGUGCGGAAGUUGGCCGAUGUUGACCCAGCACAGUGUAAAAUCUUCGUACACGGGUUCGGUUAG